AUGCCCGAUAAGACGGCGUCGGUUGUCUCGUACGCCGCCGGGGCGUCUCUCGCCGCUGCCGCCCUCAUCUACGUCUUCGGCCCGACCUUCACCAUCGACCACGACACUACUAGCUCGCGCAAGAAAACCAUCGUCGGCCUGCGCAACCAGGCCAACGACUGCUUCAUCAACUCGGUGCUGCAGGCCCUGGCUGGGCUGCCCGAGCUGCGCGUCUACUUGAUCCGCGAGACGCAUCGCCGCCGCAUCGAGGACCCGGCCGUAUACGCAAACCUGGUGCAGCCCCUGGACGGCAACGGGAAGCAGCUUGCGCAGUGGAAGCUGCAGGGCCUUCAGGAUGGGCUGGUGACACACGGGCUGAAGGAGAUGCUGGACGCGCUUAACGAGCGGCCCAUUUCGAAAAAGGCCAUUUCUCCCUUUCCCUUUGUCAAGGUCUUGGAGGUUGCGUUCAAGCAGCGCAUCAGCAGGCAGCAGCAGGAUGCGCAAGAGUUUCUGCAGAUUGUGGCAGAGCGGCUAAAGGACGAGUAUCACGCCGGCCAACGCGCUCGCCUGCAUGCUCGGAAGCUGGGCAUUGCGGCGGCAGUGACCGAAUCGAGUACGAAUAGCACCAAGGACAAGGACAAGGAUGGCAACGACACUGACAAGUCGGAUGACGCUGUCGAAAUCAACAUCACCGACGGAUUGGGAUUGGAAGCAUCUACUGUCGCGGGAUCCGAGAGCGAGAUUGCAGUCAACAUCGACCUGGCCGAUGUGCAGAGAGCCGUUCGCGAGAUCCAGAACAAGCCUCCGCUAGAACUUGAGGAGGGUUUUCCGCUGGAGGGCAAAUACGAGUCGCAUAUCCAGUGCCAAACCUGCGGCUACACCACCAAGCCGAGGGAGGAGACUUUCUGCAGCCUGACGCUCGCAGUCCCGCAGGUCUCAUCGACAACGCUCAACGCAUGCUUUGACGGUAUUUUUAAGACGGAAUAUAUCGACGACUUCAAGUGUGAAAUGUGUCGCCUGGUGCAGACCCGGACCAACCUCGAGCACGAGAUGGCCAAGUCGACGUCCGAGAGCUUCAGGGCUGACGCCCAAGACAAGAUUGAAAAGUUGAAGAUGGCUAUUGCCCUUGACCCGGAACAGCCGCCCGAGGACGUCGAACUCGGCGACAUUCGAUAUGCACCCAAGAGGAGAAUCGCCAAGACGACGCGCAUGUCUACGUUUCCCAAAAUCUUGGCCAUUCAUCUGUCCCGAUCCAUCUACGGCAUCGGCCAGGUCACACAGAAAAACUCGGCCAAGGUCUCCUUUCCCGAGCAGUUGCCGCUGGGAAGCGUCAUCGAACAGCGCAAAUACAAGCUUCUGGGCGUGGUGACACAUCGAGGAGGCCAUAACAGUGGUCACUACGAAGCAUUUAGGCGCCAGAAUGCGCCGUCUCCCUAUGCAAACAUCAAUACCUUUCAGCCCUCUGAAAUCUACAGCAAGACACCGACGCCCAUUUCAACGCCGCAAAUCUCGGCGCUCCGAUCCGACAGUCCUUCAAUAUCGACUCCGGAUUUGCUCUCGCCGUCCUCAGAUACGACUCCGUCUACGCCGUCGCUAGAAUCUGCUGCAGGACCCCCUCGGAGCGUCCCCGUCGACCUGACGAAUGGCAGAGACGGCGAGACCAGUAGCCUUCGAUCUGUUGCUGCAUCUACCAAGUCAGCGCUGUCUAAACUCGCGCCUCCCAGAGCAAGCCUCAACGGAUCCUCAUCCCCUAGCCCGCUGGGCGUCGGCAAGCCUCAUCCGCGACCCAAGAAGAAGAGGCCCGCGGACAAGUGGUGGCGAGUGAGUGACGAAAAGGUACGCGAGGCCAAGACAAGCGAGGUCUUGGGCAUGCAGAAAGAGGUCUAUCUGCUGUUUUACGAGCUGGAGGCGGAAGAAUGA